AUGAACUCUUCUUCUUCAUCAACAUAUUAUGAUUUAACUCACCUUCAAACUUUUGACAUAAUACCUAAAUUUUCAUUAUCAGAUUUCAUCCUAUUACCAAAUCAUUUUACAUUACAAGAACAAACAUUUUUAUCAACUCAUUCUUUAAAAAAAUUAAAAAGAAUUUUUGGUAAAGACACGAUAUAUCAACCUUCACAUUUUGAUCAUAUUAUACAUAAUUAUAGAGAAUGUCAAGUAACUAGUUGGACUAGUGGUGAUAAUGAAAUUGAACGAGAAAUCAAUAAUUUAUUAAUUCAAAAAGUUUAUAACUUAUUUCCUAAAGAGAUUAAUUGGUUACCUAUACAUAUUUUAGAAUUGGCUGAAUCGAUUGGUGGGAUCAAAUCUCAUGUUGAUAAUGUUGAGUAUUCCGGCAAUAUUGUGGCAGGAAUUUGUUUAAUUUCUCCCACCGUAAUGAUAUUAAGACAUGUAAAUAAUCCUGAAUGCAGAUUUUCUGUUUUGUUAGAACCUGGUAGUCUUUACAUUCAAAGAGAUACCAUUAGAUAUAAUUUCACCCAUGAAAUUCCUAUUGAUCCCGAACAACACAAAUUUAAAAAUAAUUUAAUACCAAAAGGACAAAGAAUUUCUCUAAUGUUUAGGAAUGUCAAAUAA